UACAAUAAUAAUUAAGUGUGUUCGUUGCUCUAAAUUCAACCAGAAGAAAUUGAACGGUCAAUAAACUGCUGUUGAGAAAAAAAUAUCUCAGAAUCGCUCUGCUCAGCUCAGCUCAGCUCCUCGAUCUCAUCCAUGGCUUCCUAUGCUGUAUUUCACCUACCAUCAUCUUCCUUAACUAUAGCCUCUAAAACCCACCGAUCAUUGCGUGCUCAAAACUUCCAUGCCUACAAGCCCCUUAGAAUCGAGGCCUCUACUUCUCUCGACUACUCAAACACCUCCAUCUCCAAUAAACCGCACGCAUCUUCUAAGAAUAGUACUUGGCAAUGGAAGUAUAAGGAGAACUCCGUGAAUAUAUAUUAUGAGGCGCAUGAAAAGGAAGAGAAAGAUGAGUCUUCCAAGAAUAUUCUGAUGAUACCAACUAUUUCUGAUGUUAGCACUGUGGAGGAAUGGAGGUCAGUCGCCAAAGACAUUGUAGGGCGAGAUGGGGCAGCUGGUUACAGGGCUACCAUUGUGGAUUGGCCAGGUUUGGGAUACUCUGAUAGGCCUAAGCUGGAUUACAAUGCUGAUGUUAUGGAGAAAUUUUUGGUUGACUUCAUCAAUGCACCUGAUGGUCCUGUAAGCAACUCAGGUAAUGACUUGGUGGUCAUUGGAGGAGGGCAUGCUGCAACUCUAGCAGUUCGUGCUGCAAAGAAGGGUUUAGUGAAGCCAGUUGCCAUUGCUGCUAUUGCACCAACCUGGGCUGGUCCACUUCCUAUUGUUUUUGGUAGAGAUUCUAAUAUGGAGACAAGGUAUGGUCUUCUUAGAGGAACUUUACGGGCUCCUGCUGUUGGUUGGAUGAUGUACAAUGUACUUGUUAGCAAUGAGAAAUCAAUUGAGUCACAGUACAAAUCCCAUGUUUACGCAAAUCCAGAUAAUGUCACCUCAAGUAUUAUUGAGAGCCGAUAUGCACUUACAACGCGGAAAGGUGCUCGAUAUGUGCCUGCAGCUUUUUUGACUGGUUUACUUGACCCAGUAAAGUCCAGAGAGGAAUUUGUUCAGCUUUUUGCGGGAUUGCAAGGAGGGACACCUAUUCUAGUUAUUUCAACUUCAGGCUCACCAAAGAGAUCAAAAGCUGAGAUGGAAGCCCUUCGGGAAGCCGAAGGUGUGAGCAAAUAUGUUGAAGUGCCAGGUGCUCUUCUUCCCCAAGAAGAGUAUCCUGAGAAAGUUGCUGAAGAGCUUUACAGGUUUUUACAAGAGUAUUUGAGCUAAAGACUGAUAACCAGUUAAGAGGUAAACGAUUUCCUUCUUGCUGAGUAGUAAUGAAGAUUAAUUGUUUAACCCUUGUAUGAGUAUCACCUGUUUUAUACACGACAGUUUUGUUUAUAUGAAAACAUAAGCGAAAAUAUAUCUGUAUUUAGUGAGCCACUGAGCCAUUGCUUGGUUGCAUUAAGACCUAAAAGUUUGAGGUUCCAUCCAAGCCUGGUGACUUGUGAUGAGUCUACCUUGAAGUGCCACAUUGAUUACAAAAACUGUACUCAGAAUACUUGCUACUCAUGAUAUAAACACCUUUUCGAUAGAUGUUUAGUUUCA